CCUAACUAAAUGUACAGUAACGUUAUACUUCCGCGCUAGCUUUGACAAUAGCUACGUACCUAACGUCAACUACUAGGCUACUAGCUGCUUGUAGCUGGCCAUCCUCAACACCACCGGAAGAAAUUAGUUAAAUUAGCUACCACUUUGGUUAGCUCUGAAGAUAAUUAAUAGCUAGGGCAGUGCCGCUAAGACUUAGUGUAGUUUUUGGGCUCUUAGAAAAACGUAAAUGAAAGUUAAACACACAUUUCUCAUCACGGAGGUUGAAACAUUUACAACCGAUUGUCACUAUAUGGAUUUGACUUCCGGAACCUCACUUUCAAGUCUGUAGCGCUUAAAAGUCGCAUGCGCAGAUUACACCUCUCCUCUCGUCACGAAAUGUAUCGGAUUGCACACGUACAAAAUAAACAAAAAGUCGAUUUUAAUUUAUUUAGGAUUAGGGGUGUAGGCAUGAAGUUUACAGCUGGGUUAGGGUUUACUUUAAGUUUAUUAAUUAUAAAUUCAGAUUUUAAGACGACAUAUUGUAGAAAGGUGUUUAUGAGUUUGGGUACUAUGUAAAGCUAGUGACGACCUACUUGCCUGAUAUGUCUGUUUUUUUUAUAGCUACAUUUGCUUUCACUUUAGCGAACCUUUCAAACUGUAAUUCAUCAAUAAUGACAAACUAUCAACGGUGUGGAAUGUUUACGCUAUUACGUUUAGAUCGAUUGUUUAUUUGUUGCAUGCAGCGUUCGUUGCUUUUGAAAUAGUUUUGAUAGGACUAUACAAACUAGCUAGCUAUCUAGCUAGCUAAGUAACGCAUUAUUUAUUUAAGUUUUGCUUUGCAAACUUCACGUGGGUAACUAGUUAAAGCACGGUGGAACUACUGUACCAAAAUCAUUAAAGAUAUGGUGGUCUUGCCAUCAUAACUGUGGGCAACUGUGGGCACAAUUACAUUGUUCUGACAACCUUUCUGCCGAGUAGAAAGUUACUCUCCACAGCUGAGAGGGAUGGAACGGGAGGGAGAGAAGGAGGUAGAGCGAGACAAGGGGGUGGAGAGAGUCCUGGUCAAGCAGAACCAGGUUUGUGGCCUGUGGGAGCUGAAGGAGCGGUUGGGGACCGGAGGCUUUGGACAUGUUUUCCUGUACCAGCACCUGGAGACAUCAGAGAAGAUUGCAGUGAAAAUGUGUCGCUUGGAGCUGAACUCAAAGAACCGAGAACGCUGGAGUCGAGAGAUACAGAUCAUGAAGAAGCUGAGCCAUGAUAAUGUGGUGAGAGCCAGGGACGUCCCAGAGGAGAUUAGUCUUAUAGCUCUGAAUGACCUGCCUCUGCUGGCAAUGGAGUAUUGCUGUAGAGGGGACCUACGCAAGCUGCUGAAUGAACCAGAAAACUGCUGUGGCCUGAAAGAGAGUCAAGUCCUGUCUCUACUCAGCCAUGUUGGGUCUGGUAUCCAGUAUCUUCAUGAGAAUAAGAUCAUCCACAGAGACCUGAAGCCGGAGAACAUCGUACUUCAGGAAAUCAGUGGCAAGUUGAUCCAUAAGAUCAUCGACCUGGGUUACGCCAAGGACUUGGACCAAGGCAGUCUCUGCACCUCCUUCGUUGGAACUCUGCAGUACCUGGCUCCAGAACUGUUUGAGAACAAGCCUUACACCGUGUCCGUGGACUACUGGAGUUUCGGCACCAUGGUCUUUGAGUGUACCUGCGGCUUCCGGCCCUUCCUGCACAACAUGCAGCCAGUUCAGUGGACCAGUAAGGUGCGUAAUAAAGGUCCGAAGGACAUCAUGGCGUUGGAGGAUAUGAACGGUGAAGUGAGGUUUUCUACACGCCUACCAUACCCCAACAAUCUAAGCAGGCCCCUGUUGGAGCCUGUGGAGUCUCUACUACAGAUGUUGUUGCUUUGGGAUCCUGCGGCACGAGGAGGGUGGAUGGACCCUGAAACCCAAACACCACGCUGCUACACCGCCCUGCAGAACAUACUCAACAUGAAGGUAUUGCAUGUUCUGGACAUGACGUCUGCCCAGCUCCACUCCCUGGUUCUGGGCAGUGAGGAGGGGCUUCACUCGUUGCAGCAGCGUGUGGAGGUGCAGACACACAUCCCUCCCCUCAGCCAGGAGAUGCUCCUGGAAACCGGAGUUUCCCUGGACCCACGCAGACCACCAGCACACUGCCUCCCGGAAGGACCGCGUGGCUGGGACAGCUCCAUCAUCUACCUGUUUGAUAAAAGUUUGACUAAAUACUCCGGCCCCUUCACUGCCCGACCCCUGCCUGACAGCGUCAACUUCAUAGUGAGGGAGACUAAGACCCAACUGCCACUUUCUGCUCUGAGGAAGGUUUGGGGAGAGGCCCUCAGCUACAUCUGUGGCCUGAGAGAAGACUACAGCAGACUGUACCAGGGACAGAGAGCUGCCAUGUUGAGUCUGCUGCGCUACAACACCAACCUGACACGCUUUAAGAACAUGUUGUUCAGCCAGUCACAGCAGCUCAGAGCCAAACUGGCCUUUUUCUCAGCCAGCAUACAGCAAGAUCUCCAACACUACCAACAACAGAGUCAAAAUGGAAUAUCCUCUGAGAAGAUGCUGAAGGCCUGGCAGGACAAUGAACAUAAAGCUGCCUCAUUUACACAGGUAUCAGACGUGGGCUAUUUGGAUGAGGAGAUUGUUUGUCUACACACUGAAAUUGUUGAGUUGCAGAGGAGUCCGUUUGCCAGGAAACAAGCUGACGUCAUGGAACAAUUGGAGAAGAAAGCAAUUGAACUAUACAAGCAGCUGAAGGCCAAAUGCAAAAGUCCCGACCCUCCGCAUGGUUACAGUGACAGUUCAGAGAUGGUCAAGACUAUCCUGCAGACGGUCCAGAAUCAAGACCGGAUUCUAAGAGAUCUGUACACACACCUCAGUAAAAUCUUGGAGUGCAAGCGUCGCAUCGUGGCGUUGUUUCCUAAGCUGGAGGGCGCAGUAGAAAACAUCAAGGGUGCAGAGUCCGCUAUCAUGGCCAUGCAGAUGAAGAGACAGAGAGAGUUCUGGCACCUCCUCAAGAUUGCAUGUGCCCAGAACAGCAGUCGCAGUACUCUGACUCCCAGCUUAGAAACCUCUAGCCCACCUCCCACUGAAGGUCCACCAGGACACACACACAGUGAGUCAGUACGCCAACUACUGGAUGAGAACCAGCGCUACCUGGGCCAGCUGACCUCUCUGCUGCAAGAGACUUCACAGGACAGUCAAUUCAGUGUCAUGGACCAAGAUUGGAGCUGGACCCAGUAUGGAUUUUUGCAAAAACAAUUUCAGAAACUGUAGAGAGAGAGUGGGAGACACUCACGCCCCUCCUACACACCUAUAUGUGCCAUCAGUAACUAUUGGGAGAGUGAGCUUUUUCUUUUGGCUGUAUACUCCCAAGACAUUGAAAUCAAACAACUACUGUGAGGUGUACUGAUUGCUUUCACCUUUUUCAAAUGACAAAACUUUAUGUACCUAUUUCAGGGAUGUCUAAAUGAAGCUAUUAUGUUUAGUAUUUGGUGACAUCCUUUGCCUGCAAUAACUGCCUGAAGUCUGCAACCCAUUGAAAUGACUAGAUGCUGGGUAACGUCUCUGAUGCUCUGACAGAGCUGUACUGCAGCCAUCUUCUGUUGUUUUUUUUUUUUAAGAUCUAAAUUUUUAUCUGAAGUCACAUCUUUUGCAAAUGGAAGAUUCAGUUGGAUUUAAAUCUAGACAUUGAGUUGGUCAGCAAAGAACAUUUCAGUUUUUAGCUCUGAAUCACCGUAGUUGCAAUGGCAGUACAAAUGAGGUCAUUGUCUUGCUGUCCAACAGGUUUGGAGGCAUUUGCUUGUACUUUAGCAGAUUGUUUCAGUGCACUUCAUUGUGCUGCUUUUGUCAGCAGGUAUAUCUUUAAUGAAGACAAGUAUGUAUGCCAGUUCCAGAUGAGGUGGUUUUCUGCGGAUAUUGGGCAGUUCCUAUUUUGUCCACAAUUUCCUCAUGCUGGUACAUUUGCAUCUUUGUCUGUUCGGUACACAGCUCUGCUUGUGGUGUUUUUGCACCUUGCAGUGUGGCCUAUGGUUCUGCUGGUGAUGUCUGUGGAUGGUAACACACCUACCUCCUCGAGAGUCUUCCUGAUCUGUCAGACGGUUAUUUUUCUUGUCAUAUGCCAACAGGUCUGUCUUUGUCUCCAGAAAGUUAGAAAGCUAUGUUUUUGUGCUAUAUAACAGCAUUCUGCUAUGACUACCAGAAUGCUAUUCUUUUCCUGUCACCUUUUUGGUCCUCAUGUUGAUAGACAUCAAUAGCAGACUUAGGAAAAUGCAAAGCCUAGAACCAAGACAAUGACAGUUCUUCAAUGAAUGUGCAAAUCAUGUGAGAGAAUACACCUGACUACAAUCUGAGCAUCUGUUCUUUAACCUCAUUGUUUGAUUCCAAAUUCAAAGAGUUUAAAGCCAAAGGAACAUUCUUGCUCUGUCAAUAACUACAGAGGACACUGUAUAUCUCUUCCAUGGGCUGGUGUUUGUUUCUUGGAAUUAGUCUGCCAAAGAAUGUAUAAACAUUAAAAAAAAGUAACAAUGUUAAGUAACUAGACUCCAAAGAAUGUGUAACCCUGACAAACAAAAGAACAGUGUUUACUGGAAUGCAAGCCUGGAGCACUGGUCAUUUACCAGAUCAAGUAUUAAUGUUGUUAAUAGUAUAUACUUUAAUAUAUUUGAUAUACAUCCAAUGUAAACAUGCUUAUAAACAGUCUUGUGUGACUGAGUGUUUUUUUCCAGAGUUGAGAAAAUAUACCUGAAUGUAAAAAGAAUGUCUCUGAUAGUUGAAUAUAAUAUUUUGGCUAUAAAUGAAUUGUAAAUUUAACAUU